AUGCAAGAAAAUAACGAGGAAAGCGAGGUUUCUUUGAGUGCUGAUGAGGGCAACGUUGGCGACAUUCCAGCUGGAAUUUCAGUGUCCUACAAGAAGCUUCAGCCUCGUGUGCGGCAGAAUUCCAGUGAGAAAGGAACCCCUAAACCUUCAACAGAAAGUUCUGAAGGGCAUUUAUGGAUUCAGGCUUUGUGA